CCGCACUGCCAGUGCUGGGGGCGUCCGUAUCGCUAACUCCUCGGUCUUCGCAACCCCCGCCUCACCGAGAGUGGAUCUCACGCCAUCUUGCACCCCCUACCCCCGCCACACAGCCGAGUCACCUUUUCCCUUUCUACACUCCACACUCUCUGCCCCCCCCACCCCGCCCCUUUCCAAGCGUGUCCCGGGCCGCAGCAGCAGAAACCGCACCAUCUCCACCCCCCACAUUCUCCUCGCAGGAAGCGCAGCCGUGCCUACAAGGGUUCUUAAAGCAGAGAUGAAUAAUACUGCAGCUAGUCCAAUGUCUACUGCAACUUCAAGUAGUGGAAGGAAUACAGGGAAGUCUAUAAGCUUUGCAGCAGAAUUACAGAGUAUGAUGUAUUCUUUAGGUGAUGCUAGAAGGCCUCUUCAUGAAACAGCAGUUUUGGUAGAAGAUGUGGUACACACUCAGUUAAUUAAUCUGUUACAGCAAGCCGCUGAAGUUUCUCAACUGCGGGGAGCAAGGGUAAUCACUCCUGAAGAUCUUCUGUUUUUGAUGCGCAAAGAUAAGAAAAAACUUAGAAGAUUGCUAAAAUACAUGUUUAUCCGAGACUACAAAUCAAAGAUUGUCAAAGGCAUUGAUGAGGAUGAUCUUCUCGAAGACAAAUUGAGUGGCAGCAAUAAUACGAACAAAAGACAAAAAAUUGCUCAGGACUUCCUCAACUCUAUUGACCAGACAGGAGAACUUUUAGCAAUGUUUGAAGAUGACGAAGUUGAUGAAGUUAAACAAGAAAGAAUGGAGAGAGCAGAAAGACAAACUCGAAUUAUGGAUUCAGCUCAAUAUGCAGAAUUCUGUGAAAGUCGACAACUAAGUUUCUCCAAAAAAGCUUCCAAAUUUCGAGACUGGUUGGACUGCAGCAGUAUGGAGAUAAAACCCAAUGUUGUCGCAAUGGAAAUCUUAGCAUAUUUGGCAUAUGAAACUGUGGCACAGUUAGUGGAUCUGGCUCUGCUUGUGAGGCAAGACAUGGUAACUAAGGCAGGGGACCCCUUCAGCCAUGCCAUUUCUGCAACCUUCAUUCAGUAUCACAACUCUGCUGAGAGCACUGCAGCCUGUGGUGUUGAGGCUCACAGCGAUGCCAUCCAGCCCUGCCACAUCAGAGAGGCCAUUCGACGCUACAGCCACAAGAUUGGCCCGCUUUCCCCAUUCACAAAUGCCUACCGCAGGAAUGGGAUGGCUUUUCUAGCCUGCUGAUGUGACAACUGUGAUGUGCCCGCAACAACAGGAAAGGCAGUGUUAUAUUAAGGUGAUUUCUUGUGAACAAAAUAAAAUACAAAUUUACCUUUCUUUUAUCUGAGGGAGUGGGCUGGUUUGUUGUGACUACCAACUUGCUGACUCCUGCUCUUUUCCAGCCACUCAACCAUCAGUCUUGUUUACUAGAUGGGCUGUUCAGCUAAUUAAUGGCAGGAUGUUUAGGAUAGUGUGUAGGUGGACAAGAAUGCAGAUCACACAAUUUUGAAAUUUUAAUUUGAGUAGAUUUACUGCCCUCAGUUCACAUAUCUUAAAAGUAGUGGUUGCCCCGGUCCAGUCUUUUGUCAGUGUUUUAUUUGAUACAUUUUAUAAUCCAGGUUUGGAACAAGGAAACAAAAUUAAAAGGACAGUGAGUUUUCGCCUUCCCUAACCAUCAACUUGACUUUCCAACAUUUGUUGACUAUAUGUAUUUUAUUGACAGCUAUCUACUUUAUAAACUUACAGUAAUCAAAGAUUUAACAGACCUGCUAAAUCACCUGUUCCCACCUCCUUUCCCUUCACUCCACUUACAGUAUGUGUCAUUUUCACUGCCUUCGUCCCAACUUCCUGCCAUCUGCCUUUCAUGUGUGUUUUUCCUCACACAGAACCUCUUCCUCCAUCUUCAUUUCCCUCCUUUUCCUGUUCCUCCAAUCCCCAGACCCACCACUCCUGCACAUGCCAUACACAUUUAGAAGCCAAGUAUUCAGAAUUAGUAGAAGAGCAGAGUGAUUUCUUGCUUCCUCCCUUCCAAGCACUACCACACCUAGACUGGAAAUGUGGGCUGGGUAAUUUCUUGCUGUUAGCAGCCACGCUACCCUUCUGGCAUCUAUACUUUCUCCAGUAAAUGAGGAACCGUAACUCCUCGGAACAAACAAAAAUAUAGCAGAUGUAAGUGUACAGUUCCUGAUGAAAUUUCAGUUGCAAGAAAAGAAAGUUAUUUCUUUAAUUCUGUGGGAGUUUUGUAUAAUUUUACUUUUAUCAUGGAUUUUACACACACUUGAAACACUCUCUCUAAAGAAUAAAAACAGAAAUGAGAAA